CCCUGCAGACAGAGCCCGCUUCUUCUUCUUCUUCCUUUCACUCCGCUGCGGCAACACGCUUUUUUAAUUUUCUACUCGCUUCAGAUUUAUUUUAUUUCACCCAGCAAGCGCCCCCCUCCUUUUUUCUCCUUCUCCCUCCCCUAAUUCUCUCUCCUCACUUUAAGGCAAUGCUGAGUGCGUUACACCCCGUCUGUGCGGAAAAACAGAAAACAACGAUCAAACAAACAUUUCAGCCGACGUUACGUUUUUAGGAGGAGACGUCUGAGCCCGGCGGAUCACUUGGACAGCAAGGCAGCAAGCAAGGACAUGCAGCAGAGAGGUCAGUGAGGAGGAGGAGGAGGAGGAGGAUGACAGCAGAAGAAUAGGAAACGGACAAGGAGGGAUGAGAAAGAGACUGAAGUAAGAGGAGGAAGUGGAAUUCCAAAGUGCCUACUGCGAGGGUACGUCUGCCGAGUCUGCUGGAUUACAGCGGGACGGUGUGUGUCUGGCCUUGAAUGGAGGCUGUAUUUUAUCCUGACAGCCACAGAGUCAUCCAUCCCACGUUGCUGAGCUGCAGUCCCAGCAUACCCUGAGCUGAGCAGCCACUUCGUCUCAUCAUUACAAGGACAUCUCCAUGUAAGACUGUCUUUUUUUUGUUUUAUUUUUGUUUUGUUCUUGUUUUUUGUUUUGCUCUAAAGAAAUCUUUAGUUUCCUUGUUAGGCUGCCCAAAUAUAACUAAAGUAGAACUACAGUGAAUGCCCCAGCCUGGCCAUGUUGACGUGAAUGUAGUGGUGAUUUACAGCGGGCUGAUACAGGUGAAUGCACACACUCGGCGACUCUGCGAUCCAAGCGACAUGCCAGAGUGAUGCCCUCAGAUUAGUUUCCUUUUUUUCUUCCCUUUUUUUGAGACAGAGCUGGCCUCUGCUCGCAGUCAAGCCCCUCUAUAUAUCUCACUGCAGUGAGACUUCAGCUGCCACUUUUCCCAGGAAGAACUAAUAAACAUCCCCCAAAAUACACCAACCAAAAGGACUCGCUGCCUAUUUGCACUGAGGAGAAACCGAAAAUAUUUUUGCUUCUGUUUCCUCUGUGUUGUGCUGGGGGAUUUUUUGUCUUGAAUCACCAUUAGUCACCCUUGCUCUCAUCAGACAGUUUUCCGUCAGUUUGCCCACCGCCGCUGCACAGCGUCUGCGAGCGUCUCUGAUGGCUGUCAGCAUGACCAUGGGACGAGACACCAAAUGGCUGACCUUGGAAGUGUGUCGUGAGUUUCAGAGAGGCACCUGCUCGCGGUCUGACGCUGAGUGUAAGUUUGCACAUCCCUCACGGAGCUGCCAUGUGGAGAACGGCCGAGUCAUCGCCUGCUUUGAUUCGCUCAAGGGGCGUUGCACACGCGAGAACUGCAAAUACCUGCACCCACCUCCGCACCUGAAAACCCAGCUGGAAAUCAAUGGGAGGAACAACCUGAUCCAGCAGAAGGCCGCGGCAGCCAUGUUGGCUCAGCAGAUGCAGUUCAUGCUGCCUGGAACACAACUGCAGCCCAUAACAACAUUCCCAGUGACACCCUCUCUGGCAACGAGUCCCAGCAUGGCAUUCAGUCCUUAUCUGAGCCACAUGGGCCCAGCGAUGGGUUUGAUGCCUGAGCUGCUGCCCAGCACUCCCCUGCUCGUCCCCGGGAGUCCUACCGGUCUGGCAGCCAUGGGAAAUGGCACCUCCGCACAAAAACAUGUGCGCACAGACAAGCUGGAGGUUUGCAGAGAAUUCCAGCGCGGGAACUGCACGCGAGGUGAGAACGACUGCCGCUACGCUCACCCCCUGGAGGCGGGCAUGGUGGACUGCAACGAGAACUCGGUCAUUGUCUGCAUGGACUAUAUUAAAGGCCGCUGCAGCCGAGACAAGUGCAAGUACUUCCACCCUCCAGCUCACCUGCAGGCCAGAAUCAAGGCUGCACAGCACCAAGCCAGUCAAAACACCCCGUCCUCAGGCUUGGGUCUGCCCCCGGGGGCUGUGCAGCCGCUACCAAAGAGGCCUGUCUUAGAGAAGAGCAACGGAGCUGCUGCCACCGUCUUCAAUCCCAGCAUGUUCCACUACCAGCAAGCCCUGGCUAACAUGCAGCUCCAGCAACCAGCCUUUAUCCCCACUGUAGACCCCUCGGAGCUUCUGACUUCAGAUCCUGUGGAGCUCCAGUGCAUUCCCAUGGAAACCCAUUUCUGCCCUGUCCCCAAACUGCUGGUGGCGGCUCCUGUGGCACUAAACUCAGUAAGCCUUUCCCGAAACCCCAGUUAAAAUCCCGUAAACCCCGAGCACUGCAGCAAACAUGUGCCUCGCCCACAGUGCACACCGACUGAUAUCAUGUUGUGAACGUAAGAGAGCUGCGAUGGUUCAUGCAAUACAGACCUGGACGUAUUACCGUUGCUUUAAAGCAGCCACCCUGAUGCAUACUGACUCGAUCGGGCCGAGCAAUAGAGCUCCCUCGUCCUUACAGCCAUACAUGCCCACACCUUAAAAGUGCAGCACAUGUGCGCACACAUAAACACACACACAUAUAUUCAAGACUAAAUGCCCUUUAUGGGUCGGAGCCAUCACAUGAGGCCACCCAACACAUUUGACUGUUCCAAAGUAAGAAGUUCAUUGUAGAAAAUUCAGACGGACCAGCUGCCGGUCUCCAACCAUGACGGGCUGUCAAAGUGAAAGAGUGUUUCAUAUCAUGUCACGUUUACGUUUCAAGAUGAGUGCAAAUGUGACGUUUGUGUUGUACGACGUGUACCGCUCAGUCUGUCAUCGUGGUCUCAUUUUGCCUGGUGAUACGUCAGUAAGGGGUUGUUGUUCAUUUGUUUGUGCCUUUGAUUUUUUCUGCUCAGCUGCAGAGGAGACUUAGUGUCCCAAAAAUAAUUCAAAGAAGAAUUAGUUACGUAAAUAGAGUGUAUUAGCCUGUAGCUGCUAUUGGGAUAAAGUCUACUGGUUACAGCAAAUGCCUCUUAAAAUGUAUAUUAGAGUUUCCUAAAUGCAAUGAAUGAUUUGCCCCCCUGUUUUAUUGAAAAAUGUAGACUGGGUGAAAGUAAUUUAGUAUGUAAUUACUUCUUAUAAAGAAGAUGGGAUGAGGGAUAUCUUUAGGAUGUGUUAAAUAAACUGCCUUAAAGCAGCUGAGGUCAUGUUCUCUAUGUAAGGGCCCCUCUCUGUAUAGUACUCUCCAGUAAUAGACCAGACAGCUCCAAUUGUCGAAACUGAUAAACCUGAGCUGUGAAGUUUCUUGAAUCGUGAUUUCCGAUCAGUGAUUGUGUUUCCUUUGUGAUGGGUAACUGUGUAACGACUAAAAAAGGAAAGGUUCGUCCCGUUUCCUCUGUGAUUUGAAACCUGAACACCAGGCUUUGCUCGCCGAUUCUGUGUGUGUUCAGCUCGCCUGUACUCUUAUUCAAAACAAAAUGCUAUUCCUGACUCUGUCAGAUCUGUGACAGAGUUUUAUAAAUGCCACUUAAACUUUUACACCUGAUGUCAGUUAUUGCACAAGAUGGAAGCGAGAUCGGUUUCCUUUUGUUGUGCCUAAAGUCUGCGGUAUAUGCAAGGAACUGCCCGUUUAAUGCAAUAUCUGGAUAAAUCCUCCAAAUAAAUGUUUCCCUCUCUAAUGCAGAGAUGUAUUUCAAAAGGCUGUUUGUUUGUGUAAUUCUCUCCUUUAAUGUGGCUUUUGGACUAAAUAAGUGGCACAAGAUUUUUAUGUUUUAUGGUUCUGCAGGGAGAAAGCUUCGAACUUGAAAAUAUCCUGUCUGACUUUAAAAUGUCAUGUCUUUCUACUGCUGUCCUGUUUGUCAAAAAUGACGAGACUCUAAAUGUUCUUAUAACCAGAAUCAAGUUGUAGAAAAGGAUGAACAAUUCUCAUGCUUGAUGUGUGAUGGUGAAAAAAAAAUUUUUUUUUGGCUUUCAAAUGUGUAAGGAAUUGCUUCGUAGGUGUGUACAAAAAAAAUGAACUUAACAGCUUUGGAAACUGGGCUGAAAUCACUUAUAUCCAAAUUCAAAUGUGCCUCUUUCAAGUCUCCUCAAACAAAACUGUCAGUACACUGUAAGACCAGACCAGUGCUCAAAGACAGAUGUGUUAUUUGGUACAUUAUUAUAAUAGGAAAUCACAUUUGUAUUAGUUUCCUCUGAGACAGCUGUGCUGUCUUACUGUCAAUGGAAGGAAAAAAAUCAGAGAGUUGUGUGCAUACAUACGUGUGUCAGAAAAGAUGAUGGAUCACAUAUUUGGUUAGUUGUAAAUGCUGCAGAUAUUACGACAUCUCCCAUUGAACAUUAUUCAUUUUAAAUAAUGUUAAUGUGUCGUGAAUGUAUCUAAUGCAAAAACUUUACACAUGCCCUUCUAAAAGACAGGCAUGCUGAAAUGUAAUGGUUCACUCUAUAUAGACUAUUUCAGAGGUCACAUACUGUAGGUACCAUGAUGAAACUGUGUUAAGACAUAUUAAAGUAUGUGUAUUGUUAUAUAGAUUUAUAUUUAAUGUUAAUGGGUGGUGUGACUACUUUUAGAAAUAUCUUUCACUGUCAGAAAAGGUAGAAAGGACUGCUGUACUCUUUGAAGUACAAAUGUACACAAUUCAGGUACAUUUCAGUACCAUUUAUUGCUAGUCAGUUUUUCUACCCCUACCCUCUGUAGUAUCCAAAGCACUAUAAACAAAACAUAUUAUCAUUAGGCAGAAAGUCAGCAUGCUACCUUUUUUCUCACAUGUAUUUCCCUUGUUGUCCCAGUACUGCAGCCCUGAUUCUGUUAACUUUUGGUGUGGAAAGGCUUUGUGGAGACAUAACUGUGCAGAAAACCCACUCAGCCAGAGCUGCAAGUGCAGCACCAGGUAUAAUCCUGGGAUUAACCCUCAUUUUGGGCGUGUAAAAGCUUUUCCCUCCUGACCACCUAAAUGCCCCAAAUAAGAUAGGUGGCGUAUUUGUGGCAGUUUAAGAAAAAGUACACAUAUCUGCUUACUUUUUUUUAAAGACAGAAGAUCUGAGCUGCUCUUAUGUUUCUGUGCUAAUACUAAGCUGGAAAGAGCUGCUAGUUAACACAGAGAAAAGGCCAGCACACCUUAAUAAACAGUUGUGCAAAAACAACCGCGUUACACAUUGUGACUGCUUGUGAACAGUGAGGUUGCCAGGCAACCAGCAAUAUAACCCAGAUGGAUUGUAAACUGUUCAUGAAGAAGUAAUUACAGGAGGAAAACAUCUAUAAAACUACAGAGUGCCCUCUUUAUAUCCAUUUUAAAGAUUAAAUGUGCAAUCUUGCAUGGAAGGUGUUUACACCUUUUAGAUAACUAAAAGUUAGCUUUUGGACAAACUGUGUAAUGUUUGUAAUAACUUAAGCCAACUUAAACAAGAAUAGAGUGCCCUCUAUAAGUACGUUAACAGAUAUCAUUGAUAAUUUAUGCAUCUGAAGUUGAUAUUAAAGCACAAAAAUGAGACAAAACAGUAGGUGGCUUUAGCUCUUAUAUAGUAUAUAAGUAAGUAAGUAAAGUUUAUUUAUAAAAGCACUUGUCACAGAAAUGAAGUUAUAAAGUGCUUGGCAAAAAAUAGUGUAAAAUAAAUAAAAACUGGGAAAAAUCACAAUAAAAUAUAAUAGAAAAUGAUAGACGUAUAAGUAAAUGUCAUCUGCAUAGAAACGAUAAGAAACUUCUGAAAAACCCUGAAUGAUGCCAGCUACAGGAAGAAAGCAGAAAGAAAAUAAUAACUGGCUCAGGAUUGAGCCUUGCAUUUAUCUGAGCCUUGCAGAUAAAUAAGAAGAAAGUCAAAUGGAAACCAUAGGUCUACUAAGGACAGUAUCAUGGUCUACAGUAUCAGAGGCUGUGCUGAGGUCAAACAGACCGAGCAGAGAACAAAUCCCUACAUCAGAAGCCAUAUGAAGCAUGUUUACUGAACAGCAAAAAGUUAGCCUAAAGUAAACACUACUGAACUGGUCUACAAAUAUCAAGAUGCAUAACUAUCUAUUUCUGUGCUGUUUGUGUAUUAAAUUGCACAUAAUAAAAGCUAAAGCCAGUCUGUAUUUUAUCUCAUGCAAUGCUUUUAUCCUAAAAUGCUAAAACUGAGGUUUAAAAUAUCUAUUUCAAUCUGCAGUUUACAUACUUUUAGAGGACACCUUAUUUGUAAUAACCUAAUACCAGUUAAUUUAUCUGUGUAGCUCCACUUUGUAUGGAAACAGGCUAGUGCCCCAUACAGCUGAUUUAAGCUUCAUAUUUACUAUACAGACAUAAGAGUGAUAUAAAAUCUUGUGAAUAAGUGUAUCUCCCAAAAUAGUUGAAUAAAGUAUUUUUAAAGUAUAGCUGACUUUCUAUCUGCAUGGUGGAUCAAACAGUAUGUAGGCUCAUAGCUGUCUCUAUGAACCUGAUGAUCAGAAUGUCCAGACAGGUCCCUUUUUCUAAAGACUAGCUUCGUCCAGCCAAUCCCCUCCUUAAGUGACCCUACCCCUAACAUCAGUAUGCCUUCACUAACAACUGUCCAGCUGGAAAAACAGAAUACUUGAUUAAUAAACUGUGCCUCUCGAGGGCAUUUGAGGUUUUUAAAUACAUUUAAAUGUAUCUAUUAAGGCUCAAGAGUGUAUUAAUUUGAGGAUUGUGGAGCACCAUGAGUAAAAAAAAAAAAAACAAUGUUUUUAACUCUUAAUUUUGUUCCCUCAUUCAUUCUAUUGUACUUGAUUACCUUUGGGCCUGGUUGUAAUUUUUUUUCCCACACGGUCCUAAAUCAUAACUGUUCAACGUGUGCAGAGCUCUGAUCUUCGCUGUCCUGUGAUCAGAUCCUUCAGCAUGUGGACACAGUUAACUCAGUCCUGAGAAUACAAACAAAGGGCCUUAAUCCUCGAUCAUAUGUCACAGCUGUGUAUGAAAAUGUAUUAAAUGUAAGAUUUUUUUUCUGACAUAAAAAAAAAACGCGGCAUGAAAAUAAUAAUAACAAUAAUGAUAACAAAAAAAUCAUUUAUAUGUAGUUAAUAGUUUGUGUAGACCAAUAUGAAAAACAUUAUGAUAUGAAAAUCGUUUGUACACAAUGAUGGAGUCAUUGUUAAUGGUAAUAGUUGCUGUUGCUUUGGCAACAAGAUGACAACAUGGCUACCUUUUUAUUAUCCUAAUAGUGAUUUUUUUUCCACAAUAAUUGAGAUGACAUACAGCACUAACUUAUCCGAAAAGGGAAUGUCUAAUUAUUAGUUUGUCUUGUUGCAACGUGAUUGAAAAACUUUAAUCCUUGUAAUAGCCAAAGGUCCUUAGGGGAGGUCAGCUGUUUAUUUUGUUUUGUUUAUUUGACGUUCAUUUUAUAUUUAGGUUUUUUCUUCUUGUACAUGGUGUUUUUGAGAAAUAGGAAUGAACUCUGGCUUUUAGAGCAAACAUCUGUCAGGGAGGUAAAGAGGCCCUUGGACUAACUGGAAGAUCUUUUUUCUGUGGAGGCGAGCGGUUUUUGCCGUUUGCCUCCUACAGACCGAGAGAUCUGGCUCAGGUUUUGGCCAAGAAGGUGGUCUCGAGGUCUCUUACUGCCCAGCUGUGCUGGGUGAUGUCGAUCCUCACUGAGGUGUAUACGAAUGUGUGAUGUUCACCUUGUUUGCACUUAUGUACAUAACUAUGUCAGAAUACUCAAAAUUUAUUUUGAAUAAAUACAGAUAAAAGAGUCAAUUAAAAAAAAUCUAAUCAAUAUAUUGUUAACGAUAUGUCUAUUGUUUUCUUACAUCUGCCCUUUUGUUUGUUGCUAGAGCCCUGUUCUUUGCUAAGCAUGGCACUGCCUAGCUGUAAACUACAAAUGAUUUGCUUUAUAAAGCUAUUUUUUUCAGUUCGGUUCAGUUGAUUGAUCCUCUGUGGUUUAAUAAUAUGCGACCCUGACAUCAAACAGGAGAGGUGGAUCAUAUGUAAGAACCUAAUCUGAGCAGAUGACAUGCAGACACAUUCCUCUCUCCAGUAAAGCACCAAAAUAAAGCACAGAGUAGCUCCAUCUGCAGGCUGAAAAACAAAAUAGGAGCCGAUAUUAAAUCUGACCACAGAGGAACAGAGAUUUAAAUUCUCCUUCAUCUCUGUCAUUUUGUAAUUUUUUUAAACUCUCCUGUUUCUUGUCAUUAACCAAAACAAUAAUAAAUCUGAAUUCUCCUCAGGAUUUUAGACUAAAUUGCAAACAAACGGCUUUUCCAAUAUUUUCCUCUCCCAGCAGCAGCAGCAUCCUCACAUGACUCUGGUUCUGCUGAUUUGAACAUGUGAUGUUCUUUAUUUGCCCCCAAAGCCAGCGAUUUUGUUGCCAUGGCACUUCUCCUAGUGUUGGACUGACUGAGUCAUCCUGGAGAAUCGGUUCACAGCCCUCUGACUGUUGAAUAUUGACUUCAAAGAGUUUGUGAGCAGGGACGGGUCUCUGAACGACGUGUACCCACAACUCACCAAAGCUUCUCUACUGACUCACCAGCUCCCCUCAUCAUUGCUGUCCCAGUUUAAGUACAUGCUGUGGGUUUUAAAUCACUGUAUUGUUACGAUUCAUUUUAGUUGUGAUUGUGCCUUUAAUGUGCAAACUGGACUUUUAGGUUCUACAUCUCAAUGACUAAAACCGCCACGUGAACUGAUCGUGUGCCAAUCAUAUCAAUUUAAUUACAUCCUCUGUUGAGUCCACAACUUAUUUUUUAAAUUGGGUACAAUCGCCGACUGAACGACACCCCCAUGGAAGAUGAUGAGGGCCAAAGACUGUUCAGGACUAAGCCAUAAAAAACUCUGACACUCUUGGGCAGACUUGAACGUGACUGCUGUUUCUUUGUUUCACUCUGUUUUCUGCUUGUGGUGCUUGUAUGUGCUCCUGUGCUACAUGCCAAUUUAUUUUGCAGUGUAUAGCUAAUUAUGAGUAAGUUACUGUGCCUAUGAUGAGUUCUGCAAUUUCUGUUUGACCUUAAAUAAAACACUUCAUUGUGA